AUGGCCGAUCCAAACCUCCGAAUCUCGUCUCUCAAUCUCAGCCACGACUCUAUGGUCUACUUAGCGUACGAAGGUGAGCGUACGAUUCGCGGUGGUCCAGCCGUGACUCCCGCUGGUUCGUUCGGGAGGAAGAUGACUGUGGAAGAUCUAAUCGCGCAACAGAUGCGUGUGAGUCGGCAGGAGAAAUCUCAUUGCGAUUCCGUCUCGUUCGAUCGCGAUUGCGCAAAUGCGUUUCAGCAUUACGUCAACGAGUCGCUAGCGUUCGCUGUAAAACGCGGCGGAUUGAUGUACGGAAACGUAUCGGAGGAAGGUCAGGUGGAGGUGAAUUUCAUCUACGAGCCGCCGCAGCAAGACGUAGAGGAAGAGAAACGAGUGGAUGCGAUUGCUUUAGGGUUAGGGAUCAGGAAAGUUGGGUUUAUAUUCAACCAGACAGUGAGUCAGGACAAGAAGGAGUACACAUUGUCUAACGUUGAGGUGUUCCUUGCGACGCAGCUUCACGCAGAGAGUGAAUUGGAGGAAUGGGUCACUGCGGUUGUGAAGCUUGAGAUCAAUGAGGAUGGUGGUGCAGAUGUUCAUUUUGAGGCGUUUCAGAUGAGUGAUAGGUUGUUCAAGGAAGGAUGGUUUGAGAUGGAGAUUGGUUCUGAAGAUGAUCCUAAGCUAUCCAAGAUGAAGAAAGAGGUGGUUGUUGGAGUCAAGGAUCUUAAAGAAGUCGAUAACGAUUUCUUCCUCGUUGUCGUCAAGAUCUUGGAUCAUCAUGUUCGUUUCUGUACCCUUUUAGCCAAUGCAGCAUAA